AUGUUUGAUAAUCCUAAUGGGGUUUUUGUAGCUGGCGAUACAAUAAAGGGAGUCAUCGAAUUACAAUUAAAUGAACCAAAAAAGUUUCGAGGUCUUUACUUUCUUAUCUAUGGUCUUGCCAAGUGCCGUUGGAAAAUGGAAAGAACUAAAGAUGACAGUCAUUUCAAUGGAAAAACUGUUUAUUUGAACACUAAAACUUAUUUAUUUGGUUCACCGGGUGGAGACUCUAUUCAAAUGCCUAGUGGAACUCAUCGAUAUGAUUUUCUUUGUCAAUUGCCACCUUUGAUUCCAGGAAGUUUUGAAGCAUCUCAUGGUCAUAUUCGUUAUCAUAUUGAAGCAGUUCUCGAUGUUCCUUGGUCUUCUAAUAAAGAAUUCAAGUUAGGAUUUACAGUCAUACGAGCAGAUGACUUGAACAAUGAUCCAAGUUUAAAUUUAGCAACAUCUGGUGAAGCAGUUAGGAAAUUUUGUAGUCUGUUCUGUAUGUCUGAGCCACUUUACAUAAAAGUAACAUUGCCUCGAUUGGGCUUUGUACGAGGAGAAGAAAUUCCCGUGACCAUAGAAUUUGAUAACAAAAGUAAUAAAGAAAUUCGAGGUGGAAAAAUUUAUGUACUGAGGAUUAUUUUGUACCACAGUGAAACUCCUUACCGUGCGACAAAAACAGAGGAAACCUGUAUCACUAAAGUUUCCUUUCCUGGUGUCGGGAAGCAGUCUUCAAACGCAUUUACACAGAAAAUCAAACUCCCACAAGGAAUGGUGUUAUCAAAUUCAGCAUUUUGUUAUGUCCUUCAAAUUUUCUACGAGCUCAAAGUUGAAAUAUUUACAAAUGCUUGUCAUAAAAAUGUGAAGUUUCGCUUUCCCAUAACAAUUGGUGCUAUUCCCAUAAGCACUCAACCAUUAAAUCAAACUGCAACUUUUAUGCCGGCCCAAAAUCCUGAGCCAUUCUUUAAUGCGCCAAAUCCUUCAGCUCCGGCGUUUAAUACUAAUGGACAACAACCUUAUGUGCCUUCAGCAUCAGCACCCAACGAAGAUUUGCGUAAUAAAUAA